AUGUUAGAGUAUUCAAAGGAAAAAUUCAAAACUAGUCUCUUGGAACAAGCUGAAAUAUCCAGGAAAGAAGCGAGAGAGUUAUUGGAAGAUUUCCAAGAACACGGACCGUUCACGUCCGAUAUUUCUGCUAAGGAUGCCCUCGCUUACUUAGCUGAUAUUCGAGCAAAAUUGAACGCGAUGAGAAACAAAGACGAAGAGCUUCGAAACGACUUGGCUAUAUUCGGCUUAAGCUUCGGAGAUAACAUUGAUUUAUCUAAACUUGAUGCUGAACUGACUACCUUAGAAAUCGUAUGGACUAUAGUGGACGAAUGGGACACGGCUUGGGAGAAGUACAAAUCGGGAGAAUUUUGGGCCAUCGAGACAGCAGAAAUGGAGGAAACUGCUCAAAAUCUCUUUAGAAAACUUACGAAACUGUCGAGGGAGUUUAAAGAAAAGGGGUGGACAAUAAUUGAUGAUACCCGAGCUCGCGUAGAUGCCUUUAGAAGGACGCUUCCAUUAAUAGGGGAUCUGAAAAAUCCAGCUAUGCGAACGAGACAUUGGGAUAAAGUACGGAAAGCUGUGGAAGUUGAUUUUGACGAAACUUCCAAAGAGUUUAACCUAGAAGCAAUAUAUGCAAUGGAACUACAUAAGUUCGCUGAAGAAAUAAACGAAAUAUCCAAUGCUGCUACUAUGGAAUUGCAAAUUGAAAAUGGUAUUGCUGCCAUAUCUAAGACCUGGGAAACUAUGAAGUUUGAGAUGGUUCCGUACAAAGAACGACAUUUAUAUAGGAUUAAAUCUGUCGACGAAUGCUUUCAAGUGUUGGAAGAAAAUCUCAUGCAACUAUCGAUAAUGAAGAGCACACGCUUUGUGGAACCGUUCACCAAAGAAGUAGACAGAUGGGAAAGAGGUCUGUCUUAUAUUAUGGAAUGUUUAGAAAUGGCUCUGCAAGUUCAAAGGGAAUGGCUUUAUCUGGAGAACAUAUUCUUCGGCGAAGAUAUCAGAAAACAAUUACCGAAAGAAAGAGAAGAUUUCGAUCAUUUGACCGAGACUUGGGUAGAUAUCACUACUAGGUUGUAUUUUUCUAAAUCAGCUCUAAAGGCUACUCACUUUCGACCACCGCCGUAUCUGCUUAACAAACUAAACAAAAUGUACGAAAGGUUAGAUCUGCUCCAACGAGCUUUGGAGAAAUACUUGGAAACGAAACGGCACAUAUUCCCCAGGUUUUAUUUUAUUUCCAACGACGAUAUGUUAGAGAUUCUCGGAAACUCGAGAAAACCUGAGCUAGUUCAGCAGCAUUUGAAGAAGCUCUUUGAUAAUAUAAUCAGGAUUAAAAUUCUAAGAAAUGUUGGUGCCAAUAAGCAAGAAUGUGUUGGAAUGUUUUCUGACGACGGUGAGUUUAUUGAAUUUUCCAAAGCCUUCUUUAUGGAGGGUCCGUCAGAAGAAUGGCUGGGGCGAUUGGAAACAGCCAUGCAGGUGACGUUAAAGACGGCCUUUAAACCGAUCAGAAGUGAUCUAAAGAAAAACCUUAACAAAAGGGACAGAUGGUUGAUGAAUAACUGCGGACAGUUGUGUAACGCCUGCAGCUUGAUUCAAUGGACUACAGAUUGUACCCGGGCUUUAGUACACUCAAAAAUCUUAGAGAGCAAAAAGCCUCUGAAGAGGCUUCGAAAAAAGCAAAAUCAAGUACUAAACAAAUUAUCAGAACUCAGCAGAAAAGAACUUACAAAAUUACAAAGAUUAAAGACCAAUGCUCUCAUUACGAUAGAAAUUCACUCAAGGGAUGUGAUUGAUAGAUUAUAUAAAGCAAGUAAGUAG